AUGCGCGUGCUGCACACAGCGUUGCUGCUGCUGGCAGUGACACUCGCCGUGUCUUCAAGGAACAACCAUCAACGCGGGGCAACAACGGCGUUCGACUUUACCUCGGUCUACCUGCUCGAUCUCGUGCGCUUCAAUGCAACCAACACGGCUGGCAGAGAUACGUUCACGCUCUCGAUCGAUGUGGCCGUCGACAAGCUUCCACCGCCCCACACAUUUAUGUUUCUGCGCUUCUGCACCUCCAGCCAUUUCUCGCCUGAAAUCGCCAUGACCAGCGCUGGCAUGGUACCUUACAACGACUCGAUGUGUCGAGGCACGGUCACCGCCCAGUGCGACUCGUACCCAGUGGCGCUCACCUCGGGUGCCUUGAACAAAGGCAGCGCGAAGGUCGCAGGCGUACUCAACACAGACGGCGGUCGUGACGACUAUGACGUGCUGCUUGAUUUGUGUGCGCUCAUAAGCGACGUUUCGGCGCCGCCGCUCAAGCUGCAGGGUGCUUUCUCUUGGAUGCUGUGUCCCGGGAACAAAAUUUGCUUUGGGAACGGGACCACCUUUGGGCUCGCGCUGCUCUACGCCGCAUUUGCGCUCGUGUGGGGUCUUCUCGUGCUUGUCUGGGGGGGGCACAUGUAUCAUUUUCGCCACGCGUUUAUCGCGCUCCAGCGACACAUGCUCCUCGUGCCCUUUGCAGAAUGUGUCUAUAUGGCGCUGACCGCGAUCCACAACCACAGCGAGAGCGGUCUCUCGCGCGGCCUCUUCGUCGCCACCCUUUUCUGUCGCGUGGUGUCGCUCGCAACGGCAGCCAACGAGAUGCUGCUGAUCGCGCACGGCUGGAAGAUCACGCGCGACGACUUGGGCACGCUACUGAACGUCCAGUACCGGCUCCUCUCGCUCGCGUGGGCGUUAGCGCUCUCGAUUGUCGACGGCGCGACGGCCGCACCGCUCAUAGUCUUUGUAAUCUGGUGCUGCCUCUGGACGUGCCUCGUCUACACGGUGUGGUCGCGCAUGGCGUUCAACAUUGCCAUUUUGCACUUGCAAAUGGACUUGAUCGCAGGGGUGCUCAUCGACCCUCACACGACACCCGUGGCGUCCAAGCUGCGGCUCUUUGUGGCGUUCCGGCGAGGCCUCGUCGUGUACUUCGUCGCAGUCUUUUUUCUCAACGUAGCGCUCCACCAGAUCGUGCCCGUCACGAUGGGCGGUCUCGUGCCCCUCGUGCUCGAGGGACUCUACAUGUGCUUUUGCGUCGGCAUCGGGUGUAUCUUUCGCUGCCGCGACUUUAGCCCCAUCUUUUACGUGACCUUCCCACAGCAGGCACACCCGGACGCGCCUGCGCCAGCGACGACAAAUGCGUGGACGAUGACCGAGUGGCACGAAGGUAUCGGGCUCCCGACGGUGCCCGCGCACGUUUUGCACAAAAAGUCGCGCAACGUCGUCGUGCAGAGCCCAGGCGACGCCACGGGUCUUGGCACAGUCUUGCCCAAGCCGACAGCCAACUAGUGAAAGCGUUUGAUAAUGCGAUAGAUUUAGCGUCGG